GAUGGAAAUACUUGCCAACUCUUGCUCUACCAGACGGAUCUCACAAUUAUGAUGAAGAUACAGUGUUUUUCCAUUUGCCGAGUUUAAAUAACCCGAAACAGACAAUUUAUGGCAUUUCGUGUUUUCGUCAAAUUCCAAUUGAAGUAACGUAAAUUUGGAGUACGGAGGACUAAAACUAGGAGGUGAAACGUGAUCCAAAAUCAUUUAAUUGUCUGUACCCCAAAAAUUUGUGUAGCGGAUGAAGGGUGAGCGUUAAUGCGUUUCGUCUCUAAAUUCAAUUUGUUCACCAUUUAUUAUUACAAAUAUUACAAUUAAAAUUUUUACGGAAAUCAUGAAAAAAAUUGUUGAAAAUGAUGCGUAAAAAAUUAAGAAGCAAAGUUGUAAAAAACUUAAAGAGAAUUUAAAGGUUUAUUUCUCUAAUUUAAACGUUUUUUAUCGUAAAACUACAAUUUUGAACAAUCAUAUUAUCACACACAGUUUUCUCAAACUAUUUUUUUGGAAACUUAUUAACAAAAUCUGCUUUUACGUAGCAUUUUAAUUAUCUGUUUUUCCAAAAGUAAAUAACCGAAAAAGAUCUAAAAAACGACAAAAAGCUUUGUUUUUCAAAAUGGCUUUUUACAGUGCCGCUCAAAAAAUUCCGGACACUUCCAAAAUUUCUGUUAUGGUGUAUGAAAAAUUAUGAAAAUUUUUAUAUUGUGUUCUCUGGGUGGUAUGCAGCAUUGACUGAAUCUCUUGUUUGGUCUUUGUCACACUAUUUCACGACGGUCUGAUGAUGUUGGACUAAAUCUAGACUCAUCUGUAAAGAGUACGUUCUUACAUUUGUUGUUGCCUCAACUCACAUAGGGUUGUGCAAAUUUAAACCAUAAUCUUUGAUGAGCUACCGUUAGUUUAGGAUUUCCAACCGGUCUUUUAGCAAACGGACCUACUUCCUUGAGUCUCCUUUAGACUGUUGGAGGUGAAAUUUUUACUUUACGAACGUCUCUACUAAUCGUCCAGCAAGUAUAGUUGAUGACAAUCCACAAUCUCAUAAGGCGGAAAAACCCAGAAAACGGUCAUCUCGAGUAGUUGUUGAGCUCCCACGACCAAAUCGGGCUUUUUUUGAAAAUCUCUAUGUUUUACAAAGCUAAAAUCAAAAAUCGCACUUCUGACAUGACCAGAGGGACGAUUCAAAAAUCAGUUUGUGUAUUAAGUAAGAUACCACUUUAUGGACAGAUACAGGUGAAAAUGUCGCUUAUCACGCACGCGUAUUUUGAUGAAGGUGAUUUUAGUAAAGUAUCACUUUUAGAAGAUACUUAUCACCACUUGAAUUCUGUCUUAACACAGAACGAUUUUCAGCAACAAAUUUUUGUCGGAUUGUCGGUCAGAGACUUUGUCUUGCAGUGGAGACACAAAGCAUUGUUGUUAUUUAAAUUGUUGUUAUUAGAACGGAGAUUGAUUUUUUACAAGUCUCCAGUUCAUCCACUCUGCUCGACAAUUCUCACGUUGGCUUCCCUUUUCCCCGAAAUGAUUGAAAAAGGCAUGGAUCAGUCAGCUUGUAUACGAUUAUCACGUCCUAUGUCACCAAUGCCAGAGUAUUCAGACGAUGAUCAAUCGCCAACUUCUAGUCCUUCUAAAACGCAAAUUGAAAAUAUCGAUAGUACUAAUCAAAACAUAACCGAGGAAGAGAACAACAAAGACGUGAAAAUUUUGGAACAUUGUGACACAGAAACCGACAAAAAUCCUCCACUUGGUGUUACCGAAGUGGGAAUUGAAAUCACAGAAGCGUCACAAAAUGGAAAAAAUAAUAGUCUACAAAGGGACAUAAGUUCAGACACGAUCGCCGAUUCGAUGCACAAUAACAUGGCAUAUUUAGCUCAUCUUAGUACGUCUUCAUGUGGUUUUCCCUUAUCAAUAUUUACCAAAGGCUACAUGUGCCUUCCAUAUUUAUCACUGCCAUAUCUAGACCUACUAACAGAUGUUAACGUGAGAGGAUACGUUGUGGGGGCUACAAAUAUACUCUUUAAGCAAAAAAGUCAACUCUACGACGUUUUGGUCGACAUAGAUGCGAGCAGGAUCGAGUGCCAAGACUUAGAAUUGAGAAAACAGUUACAUCUAACUACGGAAGAUUUGCGAUUUGCUGACUAUAUUGUUAAACAUGUGUCUGAGGAAAGGCAUGAUGUUUUUCUAGAUGGCGUUGGAUGGGAGGGUGGGGAUGAAUGGAUCAGGACACAGUUUCGGAUCUAUUUGUUGUGCUUAAUGCGGACGUCACUCUCUCAAGAUGGUUCUCGUGAAAUUGAGCAUUUCAAUACGAGUUUUGUCACGUCUUGGAGAGAUACUCAUAAUUAUAAAAUGUGGUUAAGUGGGAUUAAUCCUGGGAUUUUGGAUGUGAAUCCGGGACAUCCGUUUGCGGGACAACUUUCAGUGGCUGAUAUGAAAUUAAGGCUUGCACACACAAUGCAGAGUUCGGAUAGUGGCCGAAAAAUUAACCAAGCGAUGGUUUCAACAGGGAGAGCUGUUGCGACCACAAGUAAGGCUGUAGGAGGGGCUCUUUCGCAAGCGAAGGGAGUGUUUUCCAAUUGGUGGAGCAAUUUAUUAGUAAGCCCUGAGCCCGUACAGAAGGCUCUGGAAGCCUUUCCGGACAAUAGUAUGCAAGUAGAAAAUUCCACGGAAAAUGAAGAAGACAUUCCAAAAAAUAUAAGUAAUGGUAAUAUAGAAAAAAAUAGUUUUGCUGAGGACGGAUCAGAAUGUUCCUUACCUAAUAAUAUUCAUCAACCUGGAGAAGUACAUACUGUUUAAAAAUGUAAAUCUAGGCUGUUUUAUUUAUUGUUGUGAUCUUUUGUUAAAAUUAAUAUUAAGUCUAGAAUUCGUUUAGUUUCAAACUAUUUUUAAUAAGAUUACUCAUAGUUCAUAAAGUUUUUUAAUCCGUGCAAUAAUUGCAUUGUAGAAUCAAAAUAUAGAUGAUUGAUUCCUGUACUUAAAUACAUGUUUUAUACAAUUUUUUAUUAUUUAUUUUAUUGACAUUUUAUUAUUACAAAUUUAAUUUGGUUGUUACCUAUUAUACAAAAUAAAUGAUACAAUUUUA